AUGAUAUACUCUAUUCAUGGAUCUCAAAUGAGGCGGACUUCGAGUUGUGGAAAAGUAUUUUGUCAUCCUCGAAUACAACUCCGUAAAAACUAUCAACAGGCACCUUACAAAAGUCUAAUAGAUAACCGCGCACGACUUUCCAAAAUAUGGAUUCCAACGGGAGGUAUCGCUGCAACACAAGACGAAGAUUCGCACGCGAAACUAAUCAGAGCAGGAAUCCUGCGUCAAGCACAUUCAGGUAUAUUUCACAUGCUACCUCUUGGCCGUCGAGUGCAACAGAAACUAGAGGCUCUCAUUGACCGUCAUAUGUUUCGACUAGGGGCAUCAAGACUCUCCCUGUCGUCUAUUUCGUCUGAAGAUCUGUGGUCAAGAAGUGGCCGACUUAAUAAAGCCGGCUCUGAGCUUUUCAGGUUUGAGGAUAGAAAAUCUGCAAAAUACCUCCUCUCACCAACACAUGAAGAAGAGAUAACCUCACUUGUCUCCAGCACUGUCAAAUCUUUCAAGGAUUUUCCAAUUCGUUUAUAUCAAAUAACUCGCAAAUAUCGAGAUGAGCUUAGACCUAGAUCCGGGCUCCUUCGCUCAAGAGAGUUUACAAUGAAGGACCUAUAUACAUUUGAUUUUAGUCCUUCGUUAGCCCUCCUUACAUACCACAAAGUCAGAGAAACAUAUAUUGACAUAUUCAAUGAGCUGAAAAUUCCUUAUCUUCAAGCAGAGGCAGAUUCUGGCGACAUCGGUGGGAGUCUAAGCCACGAAUUUCACUUCCCAACAUCAACGGGCGAAGAUCAUGUUUUCACCUGUUCACAAUGUGACUAUGUGGCUAACGAAGAUUUGGCUGAGACUAUCAUCCCAGAAAGAACCAAGUCUGAUGUUUAUAUAUCUAACCUGUCACAUCCAAUAUCAAACACCCAACUUUGGCGUGGAUUCUCCAGGGAUAAGUCAACGCUUAUAAACGUUUGGUAUCAAGAGCCUGGACCUUCUCUGACUGCCCAAGGCUCAUCUAGAAUCAGCUUCGGUUCGCUUAAAGCUAUCUAUCCAGAGUUUGAUACAACCAUAGAUGACGCAUCAGUAUUGCUCUCGAGAAACCAAGUGUCUAAAAGCUUGGUCCAGGAAAAAAAAAUACAACCAAAUAUACAAAAGAUAAUAAACUUUAUAGAUUGUCGCGUCAAUACUCCCACACUCGAAGCUGUUGUAAAUAAUGAUCCUAGGCUACCUAUAAUCCCUCCCUCACUCGGAGACCCCAAUGCUCGGCUUCAGAUAGAAAGCAGACACAAAGACCCAUCUACUGGAAAAGCUUACAACUUGCUACGUCUUCAAGAUGAAGAUUUGUGUCCCCGAUGUAAUGGCGGACAUUUGAAGCUUCAUAAAGCCAUCGAACUCGGUCACACAUUUUUUCUCGGAACUCGAUACAGUGAACCGCUAAUGGCGACCUUAAAUGUGCCUGUCGAAGUACUCGAGAGGGAGAACAUGACUCUCAGAUGUCUCUCAGAUAAACAAACCAAGUCUACAGAGAAAGUUUUCAUGCAAAUGGGAUGUUAUGGGAUUGGCAUGUCACGCUUAAUAGGAGCGGUUGCAGAUACAUUAGCCGAUAAAAAGGGGUUGAACUGGCCGCGUGUAAUGGCGCCCUAUGAGGUUGUCAUAAUUUCGUGCAAGGGCCUCGAGGUUGGGGCCGAAGAAGUUUAUGAUAAGCUGAGCGAAGCUGCAAUAUUGAAGCCAUCUCAAGCGUUUGACUUAGUCCUCGAUGAUCGAAAGCAAUCGUUUUCCUGGAAAAUGCAGGACGCUGAUCUGGUCGGGUACCCAGUUAUAGUUGUUAUUGGAAGAAAGUGGGGAUCAGAUAAAGUCUGCGAAAUCCAGUGCCGUCGUCUAAACGUACGGAGCGAAGUUUGCAUCGAGGAUUUAAACGACACUGUGAACUCUAUAUUAAUGCAGCUUUAG